GCAUUCACGAGGUCCCUAUUGAACGCGCGACCCUGUGAACGAUUCAGGAAGUGGUUUGUGUAACUGAUAUCUUUGCACAUGUAAGCAAAAAGAUUUGCUCACGAAAGUAGAAAUAUCUGCUACCAAAGCACAUGAGAUAAAUCUGUCCUGCCUUAAGUGCUGUACGAUUUCAAAGGAGUAAAGGUGACCCUUAAGUUUUAAAUCUACCGGGCAACGAAAGCUCAUGUCGUAGGAUAAGUAAACUAUGCAUACGAUUGCAUUGUAAGCGAUCAUAUUCGUCUUGCAUUUUGGACGAGGAAUCUUCAAUGUCUGUCCAUCGAUUUUUAUCGCACUUGGAAUGAAUCUUCUUCAUUGAUUUACCCUUAAAGAGCUUAUCGUUGUUAAUAUUACAUCAAUAUGAUCUUAAUCAAGCAGCAAUUAACGAAGAUAUUGAAUUUCUGUACGAUUACUUUAACAUCAACGUUUCCAUUGCACUAUUUCGGAUCUGUCCUUUUCAAAAUUUUGAUUGUGGAUUAUGUGAGUCUCGAGAUUGAUAAAAUUUCCGCACAGCCCUAUACUACAUUAUGCAUUCAGUUCUUGGAUAGAGAAAACGGAUCAUGUGUACUAUAGGUGGCCUCGGUCGACAUAUCGGCCGAUACAUCGGCCGAUAUAUCGGUCGACUAUCGACCGACUAUAGGUCGAUUGAAAUACAAGUAGACUUGAUGUUUAAUUCAACGUACUUUUUCAGCUAUGAAGCUACAUGUGUAUCUCUCAAUAUUGCUUGUCACCCUGUUCUCAUAUACUUGGGUGGACUGUGCAAAUGUGCCUCCUUGUGCCAGCAUGAGGUCAUGGUUUCCUGGGACUCCUCCAUCAAAUUUUUCAGAAAAUUUGCCUUAUCAGCUGAGUGUCCAUGGGCAUACUAAAUAUGGUUACUCUCCAGAAAGCUCCCACACAAGUAAGUAAUGAUGAUUGUAAUGUAAUUAAUAGGUUGUAGUCUGAAAAUGUGUUCAAAAUGUCUAGAGGUAAAUGCAUCCCUUUUUGUCUUCAGCAGUUGAGUAUUUAGCAAUUUUAACAAUCUAUGAAUUUAUCUACAUGUAGGUACAUAAAUAUGCAAUCUUGUGCAUUAUAGAGGGAACAUAUCUACAAAACAGAACAGCAAAUUUUAUAUCUCAACUGAAAAUGAACUAGAUAGGUCAUAUCUUUCAUUAUAAUUGUCUGUCUUGAUAACCUUUUUGAAAAAAAAGUGUUUGAACACAGCUUAAAUUUUAUGUUACAGGUAAUAGCCAAGUUUAGUGAAUAAAGAAUGAGAUGUAACUCUCAUGGUAAUUUUUAAAAUAAGUUUAUGGUAAAUGGAGUUUACAUUGAUGAUUGUAACCAAUUUCCAUACUUAAUUGUACUUUUUAAUGAAUAUUGGUAUUAGUAGCAGCCUAAAACCACAUUAUAGGCAGAUAGUUAAUUAAGAGAGUAAAAUACGACAUUAUAGCAUUUAAAAAGAUGCUUCACAAAGGUUAAAUGUUUCACUAAUGAAAUAUAUUGCAUCCAUGCACUGCUCAGAAUGUCUGAAACUAUAAAAUAAGGGGACAACUUUGAAUUGUAAUAGCACAGACUGAUCAUUCAGUUGCUCUCAUCUAGUAUUUUAAUGUAACCUUAAGAUCUAUUAAUGAUGAUGUGUAUAACCAAUAAUUAUUAGAACCAGGCAGGGACAUGACUCUUAAAAAUCAACCCACCAAUUUUUGUGCGAGUCUAUUGGAUACUUAACGUCACAUGGAGCAAAAUCACCAGCAGUUAUCUGGCAAUGACCCCUGUUUACAUCAAUAUUUGUCCUCUGGUUAUUUUUGUUCAAAAGGAAACAAAGCCAGUGGAAAAAAGCUAGCCCAAUUUAGAGUUUCACUUUUUCAUCUAGUUCAUAAAUUUCACAUUUGCCCUCAAAACUUUUAAAUUAAUUUUUUUUUCAGACAAUAGUGAAUACCUGAGCCAAUGUACCAGUUGCCUGAAGAGGUUUAUUUGCUAAACAGAUUAAAAUAUUUGAUUUACAGUUUAUCUUAAUGGCUCCAGGAGUUUUGUUGGAUUUAUUGUGUAUGCUGAGAACUCUGUGAAAAAUUACACCAAUGGACAUUUUGUUCAAGAGGAUUUGCCUACUGGGGUUGAAGAAGCUAGCUGUGGAGAUCUUUAUGUAUGUAUGAGUCAUUAGCCCUUUUGAAUGCAAAGAAGCCAUUCAUUUUGAUAGUAAAUACAACCAGUUAACAAUUGGUUCAUAUGUCAGCAUGCGUUCAUCAAGAUAGGAAGCACACGGGAAGUUUGGAGAGCAUGAAAGAUGCGUAAGAGUUGCUCGAGGCGUAGCAGAGAGCAACUCUAGCUUCUUGAGUCAUUUUCAACCUGUUGGUUUAAAUGUUGUAAAAGGGUUAAUAUUCCCUCUGCUAUGCUUCAGCGUGUUGAUAAUUUUGUUCCAGGAACACAUUUUACUAUGCUGUAAACAAUCUUGUUUAGCUUAAAUUGCUGCCGAAUUCUAAAAUUUCUAAAGGGAUUUGUUUGCUGACGUCAUGAGUGUGCACAAUAGGAAUAUGAAGCACACGCAUGCAAUUGAAUUUGAUUAGACAAAUUACUAGCUAUGUUAUAAUACAAAGUGAUUAUUGUGCCUUAGUAAUACAUGAUACAAAUUGAUAUUGUAUGGCUGUAAUUUAUGCUGGUUAUUUAUAAUGUAUACAGUCAUCGUUAAAUGAACUUAUUUCAUCAUUAGAAGACAACAAUUUAAGACUUUUGUAAAGAACAAUGUAGCAACCAGUUAAUUUUACUGGCUCUUCAAGUAAAUGUUACUGGCUCAAAAUUCACCAAAAUAGGUAUACAAUGAAGGUUUUUUGUUCAAAUGUGAAAACCCAUUGUGAACAAUGAGACCCAUGCAGUAUCUGAAGUUAUCCAGUCACCCCAGCACUUUGAAAAUCAAUCAUGUAUUAAACUUUAAAUACACAAGGACUAAAAUAAUGAGGUUUCUUAUCAGGAGCUUUGCACUUCUCCUUUAUAGGAAAUGAGUAUAUUUGCCAAUUAAAAAUCAAUCACCAGCAGAGUCUUUGAUAUGAUUGUUAUGUAGUUCUAAUGAUUAAAGUGCUGGCAAAUGGACAACGUUCAUGAUAUGCAAAACAGUGCAAUUAUGAAUUUUGCUAUUGACUUGAAACAUACUUUGAAUAAUAUUAAUGUUUGUAUUUGCCAUCUCAUGCCAAAAGAUUAUCCAAAAUUCCACUUCAUCUGGAAACUGGACCAGUGUGAAGAUGUUAUGGAAGGCCCCCCAGAGUUAUAAGGCUGGAAACAUUAAAUUCAGGUACUAUAAAAUUUGUGUUGAUACAAAUUAAAAUCCUGUAAUGAAACACAAAGGGCAUGUACAUACUGGUAACUGCUGUGUGUUGAAAAAUAUAGGCUAUCUUGAUUUUAAAGCUACUUACAUCUUCAACUGACAAGUAUAUUCCUGGCUGAUAUUUUAAGUUUGCUUGGCUAUUGUGAAAAAAAAAGGAAUAAAUGGAAGCUGAAUAACUUUUAGAAUCUUUUUUCUUUCUUUAGCCAGUUUAUUUUUAUGCUAUCUCAUUAACUGUGAGCAUCAAGCUGUUUCAUCCAAUAAUUAACCUUUUAAUUCCCACAUCAACUUUGUAAUUCUCCUUACUAUCAACCAUACAAUUCUUAUAAUGUUAGUUCAGAGAAUUUAGUAUUGGAUUAACUAAUUAUCCCCAAAUUGAUAUUUUCCUUUUUUCUCAUCACUUAUCUGGUUGAUAUUGUGUUGAUGUUGUAAGGAGAAAUUCUCUCUUGGUCACACAUGGGAGUCAAAGAGUUAACACAACACAAUGACCCAGACAGGUCUGAAGCAGUACCUCUCAGCGUGGAUUCCAACAUAUCAACCAUUAAUAGAUGAAAAAAUUUGGGCAAGCAAUAGAGGAUAUAUUUAUCAAUUACUUUUUGAAUUCUAUUUCAGAGCAAGUGUCUUGGAAAACACAAAUCCUGUUGUUUACUAUGAAGGAUUUACUGCUCACCUGAAAUGUAAGCUAUGUUGUUAUAAACAUUUACUUGAUGUUUAAUUUAUAACUUAUAAUUUUUUCAAUUAAAGUUAUAAAGUUUUGAUAAUCAAAAUUUUGUUUGCUUCAAUCUACAAUUAUUCUAUAAAUGUGUGAUUUAAUUUUUUUUCCUACAAGUUAUGCCUUAUUUAAUCACUUCAUGUAAUUUAAUUUCUAUGCAGACCAGUGCCCAUCAGUAAGAUGUGCUGUAUGCCCAAAUGGUGGCUAUAGCUAUGAAGAUGACAGUUAUGGAUGUAAUACUUGCCAAUGUAAGUUGUGACAUAUCAGUGGAUUGUGUGACAUGUAAAGAGAAAAUUUAGGAAUGAAAAAUGUUUUUAACCCUUUAACUCCCAGAAGUGAUUUACUUCUUCCCAUAAUAUCCAUACACUAUCAAGCAGACAGGUUAUGAGAAUACUUCAACUUAUUAGGUAGAGGUUGUGAUCUUGAGCAAACACCAAAUUCUCCAAACUAAUUUAGAGGGAAAUGUGUAGCAGCUAGAGGAGAGAAUUAAUAAUCAGAUCUUGGGAGUUGAAGGGUUGAGACUAUUUGACUGCUGAAGCAAUUCUUUAUUUUUUCAAAUAGUACUCAAUAAAUAUAUGUUAUUCACCAGAUGGGAGGUCCAUAUUGGGAAAAAGCGUACCCGGGGUCGGCCGAGGGUGGUAGACAAGACAGAGAGCACAGUUUUUCCCACUACGGACCGACCUUGGAUGGCGAAUAACAUUUUUAUUUUUUUCUAAAACCUAACAAAUGGUUGUGAAAAGAACCUGAAUACCUGUGAGUGGGCCGGAUGGGGAGAAUACUGCCCUCUCUCGGAACCAAUCAGAUUGCAGGAUUUGUAGAAUACUGCCUGCUCACGAACUGAGAAAAAAAUAAAUAUGAACAAUGUACAUGCUGAAUACAUAUGGCAUGAUGUGUUAAGACAAAAUAAGUGAAUGGGUUUGGAAUGAUAUUCUAAUUUUUUUAAUGGGAUAAAUAGCUUUUGAUCAUGUUUCUGUUGUAUGACUUUCUGGUUAGUUCACAGAUAUUGUUCAGGCAGAUCAUAAAAUUAUACUUAACAGUGGAGUUGAUUAAUGUGCAGGGCAAAGAUUGAACUUUGAAUCAAACUGAAUCCCAAGUUGGGAUGCCUCUGGGAGACCAAUAGAAGCACUUUGUAGUUGCAUGUAGCCUUGAUAAGAAUGCUUGAUGCCUUAUUGCAGGUUCUUGUAACGUGGCCUGUGCUGAGACAUAUGCUCCAGUAUGUGGAACGGAUGGUAAAACAUACAGCAACAAGUGUAAAAUGCAGCGUCAUUCUUGUGAAAAAGAAUCCCCAAUUAUGGUGCAGCAGAUUGGUGUAUGUGGUCAGUAUCAAAGACUUUGAUCAUAUUGAUUAUUGAUAGAAAGUUGAGGCAAAAUUAGUAUAUUAGAGAAAUUAACCAUUUGAAGAUUCCAAUUAUUGGAAGCUCAGGUUUUAGUUGAAUUACACCGAAAGAUAUUAAUACAGGAGAAAAUUUCUCAGAAAUUUUUAAUAAGUAAUAGGAAUAGGAUGGAGUGGGUUGAGUCCAAUUUAGUUUGUAUACUCAUACUAGUGAUUACAAAAUUGGACAACCAUGAAGCAGGAGUCUCUUUUGUCAAUCACAGCUAUGAUUAAGGACUAAAUUUGAAGACUCAAAGUCCUUUACCAAUUAAUCAUAACCAUUACAAUUUCCAAAAAAUACAAUUAAGUACAUUUAUCUGAGAUAGUAUCUGUUAGACAUUGUCUGGGGUAAAAUUUCCUCCAUUUUGGAAAUUCCCUUGUUUAAUGUUGAAUGAGUGUAAAAUGGAAGUAUCAGCCUGUGGAAAAAAUGACACUAUCACUGUAUCUUACAAUGGUGAAUGUAAUGGUGCAUUCAGUCAUGCAUGGCAAGAGUUACUUUGGCCUAACACUUGUACUACUUCCUUAAUUGCCUAAACUCAGCAAGGUAUGGACAAAGGGGUAAGGACGCUGAGGCUUAGCUCCUUAGGGGGGGUUUAAUGCUGACUUAGGUGCUAUCUCCCUCUAAUUAAAGGAGCUUGGUCAAAUGCUAGUGGUGGGAUGGGGUCCAAGUAUGCUGAUGAUCUCCCUCUUUGAUGAGGAAAUACUGAUGAUUUCUAAUUUUUAACAGACGGUGUACGGAAUGGUCGGUGACCCAUGUUUGUUUUAUGAGCAUUAAUAGGGACCUGAAUUUCCUUUUUUCUGUAGGCGCGGAAGAGACCGUGAAAUUCUCAAUUUUCUCUCUGAUGUUGGCUUUCCUGGCACUGUUGAUGUUUUCAGACCAUUAGACAAAAAUUUGUGUUACUCUGAAGUGACUCUGAGGAAAAUGUCGGGCUUGGGAAUAAAUGCUGUGUUGUGCGCUUCUUUGAAUUAACCGUAGAUUUUUACAUAGUUUGUGUUGAUAAGUAGAGAUUUUUUAGCCCUUCAGUUACCGGAGGUAAUGAAUUAGAGUUUGACUAUUAGACACUAAAUAUCUGAACUAGAAAAUGACGAAACUGAAAUUAAAUAAAAAGCUUUACCACCCGAAAAUGGAGAAACUAAAUGGAACAAAAUACACAAGAUGCAAGAUAUUGAAUUUAAGGCUCGGAGUUAAUAAGGAA